CUCACAUCUCUCCAUCACUCCGUCUGCUUCGCAUCUUCUGCUCCCUCCUCCCUCCUCGCCGUUACUUCUCCGUCUCAUCCUCCGUUCUCGGCUUGCGUUCCAGCAUCAUGUCUCUAACGUGAAGUCGGUCAACUUGUCCAGUCGGUGUUUUUUUUUCUGGGGGGGGGGGACCGACUGAAGCGCAGAGCGAGUAAAUGCUGAGAGGAGGACUAAGAAAGGAGGAGAAAACAGAGGCAGACGCUCGCAUCCCUCACUGAGUGCCUUUGUUUGAGCGGAGCAACAGUAUGGAUCUCUCCUUCAUGGCUGCGCAGAUCCCCGUUAUGACCGGGGCCUUCAUGGACUCCUCACCCAAUGACGACUACAGCGGUGAGCACUCGCUCUUCAACUCCUCGGCGAGCGUCAACGCCGCGGCUUCAGCGGCCUCGGUGCACGGCCAGCCGGACGAGCAACAGUCCAUGUCGAGCGACGCCAUCUGGCUCUGGAUCGCCAUCAUCGCCACUAUAGGAAACAUAGUGGUGGUGGGCAUCGUGUACGCCUGCACUUUCUAAAACACACGAUCAACCAGACAGACUUUACAAUCACACAUCCAUCUUUUUAUUUGGUGUUUUUUAAUGUCUGGAAACACAAACAAGGGCCUGAAGAACAGAGACAGCCCCCAUAUCAGAAUUUAUCUUUCUCUGCAUUUUAAUUUCAUUUCUGCCGCUGUUAGACGUCCCCUGAUGUAGCGAAGCUCUGAUAUUUGACAAUGAUGUAAAGACUUCCAGUUUUCUUUGUUUAUGAAAAAGGUUGCUGUUCUUCUGUAUUUGACAUCAGCGAGCCUUUUGUAACUCAAAAUCUUUAUGUUUGAGAAGACGAUUGUGUCCAUGACAUCUUUUUGGUUGACAUCUGAUGCAAUAGAUCUGGGAUUUCAGCCAUUAUCCUUCAGAUUAUUUGAUUUCAAUAUUUUUUAUAUGUCUUUUUUCAACAGAGAUGCUUUAUUUGAGGUUAGCUACUAGAAUAAAGAUUAAAUUAGGUUAAAAUGCUGGUUAAACCAGGUCAGUCUGAGCAGCUGUGAAACCUGACAGCAGGGCCUGAUCAGUGGGUGCAGUGAUCCAGGCGUUUCUCUAGUCUGAGCCAAAAAAUGUAAGUUUUGAUUUAACUUUCUGUUUAUACUCAAACCCCCACUUAUGGUCAUGAGAUGUGGAUCAUGACCAAAAACACGAGAUACUGGGUGGUUGACCGAGCCUCCUUUGUAGGGGGCUGAAGCCGGGUAGAGGAAUGUGGGACAAGCCGGGCAGGAUGAAGGUAAUAUUUUUUAUAUUAAGCAGGACUGAAGCCAGUCAACCUGUUGUCAGCUUAUUUCUAACAAAUCUUCCUGACAAAAAAAGAAGGGGAAAAAUGAAAAAUAUAUUUUGUUAAUGAAAUUUAAACAUACCUAAAUUCCAACAGAACAUUUUUCUGCACUGCCGGGUUAAUUAUUAAGCAGUCGUCACUUUACAGUCACAACCAUUUCUAAAUGAAUGGCUUCAGUCAUAUCUAACUGUUUUAUUUUCAGUUGGAUUCACAUCUGCGGUUAUAAGCUAAAUAUUAUUAGAAGCACAAGUUAAACUAAUACCUUUCAGAUGCUAGAAACUAGUUGUUGUUGGGCCGAAGAAGUGAAAACUCGUCCAGGAGGGAAUGGAAGUGCAGCGAGCUUCGAUUGGGCCGAUCUAACGUAAGCUGUGACGUGAAAGGAAAAGUGCUGAAUGUCAGGGUGUGGGUUCUGUUGCCCAUGAAAUAUUUUUUACACGUGAGACUUGGGAUUCACUCCUUAACCGGACGUGCGUGGACUUUUAACAGCCGCUGUAGCAGCCGUGGUGAACAGCCACGUCCGGUCCUCUGUCUGCAUCAUUCAGACAAAGAAGUUAACAAAAAGUGUGCAGGAUCGUCACCACGAGUAUCUCUGAAAAACGUCAGACCCCAUUCAUCACAAAACUAACGCAAAACACUAUUAUUCAGCAGGAAAAUGUGGGGAAAACUCUGUAAUGUUCAGCAAUUCCCUCGUCUUCUUCUGCUGCUGCACAUCCAGCCCUGCAGACAUAAAUUUUCCUUUAUUUAAGGAAAAACAGACUCACACAAGAGAAGUCUGUCUAUAAAAGAUCUUAGGACUGAAUUCAUCUCAGUCCAGAAAUGCAGGAACAAUCAGAAACACUUUAGGCAUAGACAAAAAUUCUUGGAUGAAAAUAGACAUUGGAGUAAGAAGUGAUUCCCGAGCCUUUCUUCAUAUUCUGAAGGCAGCUGAGCCACAUCAGUCACAUCCUAACUCGGACAUGGUAACAAAAAACCAGAGACUCCAGCAUUAAUCUGCAACCAAAGACUCAAUAGCUGCUUCUCACGUAGAAAAUGUAACGUAAUAUUCUGUAGCCACAUAAAUAUUAGAGCCGCUGGGCUCAAAUCCUGUGCUUAGCUUAGACCAGAAGAUACUGUGUUCAAAGUACAGGAAAGGUUGAUACGGUGAUGCUUCCUGUCUCAACAGGGGUGAAAGUCAGCUAGCUGUUUAUUGUCAGGUCUUUAUUCACAUCAACUGAUUCUGAUUUCUAGACUCAGAAUUAGAGAAAAAUACACAUGGUAGCUCUCUGCCAACUACUGUUCCCUCUGCGAUUUACAACAUAAAUCCAAGAUCUUAUGGAGCUAAAACCCAUUGUAGAAACACUAUACUGUACUUCAAUAUUCAGUCAAAGGAAAAAAAUGGCUUACUGUGUCUGUUAUAUCAUGUAAAGAGAAUUCAAAUAUAUGUAAUAAUGUGUUAAAUAUGGCUGUACUUUUACAUGUUUCAAAGAUGAACUUUUAAAUCUGGUUAUUUUCAAUAAAUGGUUGAGGUAGAAAUAUUUAGACUUGUAAACCACAUAAACAAUGCUCUUUUUGUAAAGACCUAAUGCUACUAAUAAAGUUUCUGUAUUGA